CAGCGCAACGUUUACAAACCCUAGACGACCGAGUUUAACGCGGAGAGGCUAGCGUUAGCAAGCUACCAGUUUAAAAACUCAGUGGAGCUACCUUUUCAAACAGAGAGGUAUCAAACUCCUGGUUUAUCUUUUAAAUUAAAGGUAGCAAAUGCCAAAGAUAAGUGACACGCUAUGGGACUUGGCCUCUGCCGAGGUACAGAAACGGGAAAACCGGGCAGGUGGAGAGGAGGAGGAUUGCGGGGAGGAUACAAGACUGUCACUAAACGAGAAAACCGUAUUCUUCAUUGGAAAUAAAGCAGGGGGUAAAACUACAAUUUUGCUCCGGUGCCUCGACAGGGAUGAGCCUUCUAAACCAACUUUAGCAUUGGAGUACACCUUUGGCAGACGGGCACGAGGACAUAACACGCCCAAAGACAUAGCUCAUCUGUGGGAGCUGGGAGGAGGAACCUCCCUAUCUGACCUGGUUCAGAUCCCCAUCACUGCUCAGAAUGUCAGAUCUCUGUCUGUGGUGCUGGUCCUGGACCUGUCCAAGCCCAACGCCCUGUGGGGAACCAUGGAGAGGCUGCUGCAGGCAGCAAGGACCCAGGUGGAGAAAGUCCUCUCCCAGUCACAAAUGACAGUUGAGUCCAAAGCUCGGUUCAAGCAGCAGACCCAGAACCGGACGCCGAGGGUCCUCCCCAAAGACUUUCCAGACAGAGAGCUAAUAGACCCCUUUCCUGUUCCACUGCUGAUUAUUGGCAGCAAGUAUGAUAUCUUUCAGGACUUUGACUCAGAGAAGCGGAAAGUGAUCUGCAAGACUCUUCGGUUUAUCGCUCAUUACUACGCAGCUUCUUUGAUUUUCACAAGCAUUAAGUUUGAGAGCUCGAUGUCCAAAACUAAAAGCUUAUUCACACAACUAGCAUUCGGAACAGAGAAGGGGAAGUCCAUGUCCUCUGACCUCAGUAAGCCUCUUGUCAUUCCUGCUGGGAUGGACUCUCUAAGCCAGAUUGGUCCACCUCAAUCCAAGGAUGUCGACAUUGGGACUCUCCACGCCAAGAACCCUUUUGAUCUGUGGAAGAAAGUAUUUGAAGCCGUCUUCCCUCCUGAGAGCACCAGUGAGCACAACGUAGAGCUCAAGGAUCCAGCCAAGGACCCCCAGUACACUGAGCCCCAGAUCGACUCCAUGAGGGCCCAGAAAGACAUGGAGCUGGAACAGUACAAGAGGGAGGUGUCCAAGUCUUGGAAAGGCUUGGAACUGGAAAGUUAAUGGACUCAUCAUCUCACUUUAGUCAUCAAAAUGGAAGGUUCUGAAGCUCAGACAUACCUUAUUUUGUAUCAGCCAUGCCAGAUACAUGUACAGUCAUUUAAUAUGUCCAUACAAAAGCUAAAUACAUUAUACUAUAGAACUGACUAUUUCAAGAAUCAUUGUAUUUUUUUUCAAUAUCCCUGGUAUUAGAUUAAUACAAGAACUUUCCUACACCCACACACACCCAACUGUGGUAUCUUAAGUGUAUCUUGAGUGUCUAAUCAUAAAAAUAUAGGCUAUUCUGAAGAA